AUGAGCUCUCAAGAAAAACCUGCAGAGGGAUUGAGUAAUGGCACUGAAGAUUUAGCCACUUAUAUCGAUAGCAUUGUUGAAAAGCUCCAAUCAAAAGUAAAUGGCGUGAACACCGAACUUGAUACCAAAUUCGAAGAUAUGAGCACCCGUAUCGACAAACUAGAACAGACCAUCAACAGUAUUCUUCAGAGACAGGAAGAGCAGGAAACAUCUGAAGAAAGGAACGAUACAACGGAGCAAUCAUAA